CACACUCUCCCCACACAGAAAAGCUUAAAUAUCAAACCUCCUUGCCUACCAAUGAAGGGAAGCUUCAUACUGUCAUUCACUCAUUCUCAUCCCAUCAAUCUUGUUGUCGGAUAUUCGCCGGUAAAGUAGACGGGGACAUCGGAUUCUGACAUGUACGUACUCAUUGAUGACUUCUGAUCAGACCUCCACAGCAGGCCAAGGAGGUAUCAGCUCUCUGGUGUCCCCGCAGUUCUCGAAUUUGGUGAUCGUUUUAAUCGUGUGGAGAUGUUUCUCGUUCCUUGAAUUUACAGAAACGAUCGAGAUGAUCUCUGCGGAUCAGAGAGGCUGCUCCUGAGAUUAUCUGAGCAAUUCAAGGGACGUUUGAAGCUGAUUUUCAUGUUUGUUUCCUCUCCAAAUUGGUGAUAUAUGGUUGUUUGUAGAUUUCUAGCUUUUGUUUAGAGGUUGUAUUUGAAUUUUUGAAGGAUAUUUCUCAGUCUGCAGAAGAUAUUAGUACGACAAGAUCGGAGAAUAGAAGGGUUUCGACAGAAAUUGAAGAUCUUAUUGCUAGCUAGCAGAGUGAAUUAGACGGUUGGAUAUCGUAGAUGUAACAUGCAUAUAUAUGCUCGAUAUAUCUCUAUGCAGUAGUAGCCAGCUAGCUUGAGUAAGCUCAGUUCGUCGUGUGCUGAAGUGGGCUAGAAUCUGAACAUUACAAGUAGUGUUGGAAAUUUCUGAAUACCAAAAGUCAAUAAUAUAGAGAAGCUGAAGCCUUUGUAAACAGAAAGCAAAAGAAGAGAUGGAUGGUGUAGCCAAGGAGGAGUCACUGCCUCCAGGGUUUAGGUUUCAUCCUACCGACGAAGAACUCAUCACUUACUAUCUCACCCACAAGAUAUCUGAUGCGAAUUUCACUGGAAGAGCAAUAACAGAUGUUGAUCUCAACAAGUGUGAACCAUGGGAGCUCCCAGGGAAGGCGAAGAUGGGAGAAAAAGAGUGGUACUUCUUCAGUCUUCGAGAUCGAAAAUACCCAACAGGAGUACGGACCAAUCGUGCCACAAAUGCUGGUUACUGGAAGACAACUGGAAAAGACAAGGAGAUCUUCAACAGUGUUAGUUCAGAGUUAGUCGGGAUGAAGAAGACAUUAGUUUUCUACAGAGGGAGAGCUCCUAGAGGAGAGAAAACUAACUGGGUCAUGCACGAAUACCGUCUCCAUUCAAAAACAAUCUUCAGAACUGCCAAGGAUGAAUGGGUGGUUUGCCGAGUUUUUCAAAAGAGUGCCGGAGGGAAGAAAUACCCCCCCAACCAACCAAGAGCCAACCCAUACAACCUCGAAAUUGGGCAAGGUGGCAUGGCGCCGGUAGUGCCGGCAGACACUUAUCACUUUCCGGUGGGAAGAAACUAUGUGGGCAAUGCUGAUAUAGAAGAGAUCUCAAGGGUCCUACGAGGGGCACCAAACGGCAACAUACAGGUCCAAUCUCAGCUAAACUACCCAGGAGCCUUCACAAUCUCGGGAUUAAAUUUGAACCUUGGAGCUUCAACCCAGCCAGUGUGGCGGGCCAUGCCGCCGGUCUUGAACCAGCAGUCUGUAGCCAUGGAUGCAUCUUCAUCCAUGUUGACUAACUGCAUGCUUCCAUCUGACGCUGGAUAUAACAUAGACAUGAAUGCAGCUGCUAAUAAUAGGUUCCAACAUAUGGACCCAUGCGUGGAACUUGAGAACUGCUGGCCUCCCUACUAAGGACAAGGGCCUUAGACUAGAUAAAUGAGACAACUCCCUUGCUAUAGUACAGCUUGAUGAUGCAAACAUAGAAGCUUUUAUCUCUCUCUCUCUCUCUCACUUUUUUCCCUCUCCUCUAAGUAUAGUUUGAUGAGAAAGCUUUUGUAUGUUGUUUUCAUUUUCCCAUUUUAAGAGGGUAACGAAAUGCAUGCUUCUAGUAAUAUUUUUGGUAUUUCAAUUA